AUGGCAACGACCAAUGCAGAGGUGGUACAAACUCAAACUGAUGGAUGUUACCUGGGCAAUCCUGGAAUUUGUGGUGCUGGAGGUAUUAUUAGGAAUGAGAAGAGUGAUAUUAUCAUAGCCUUUGUUGAGGAUCUUGGUGAGGGUACCAAUAAUGGGGCUGAACUACUGGCAUUAUUAUAUGGGAAGCGACAUGCUAAAAGGAUGGGGAUUAACCAACUUGAAGAGGGUCUAGACUCAUUGAUUGUCGUUAAUUGGCUAAGGAGCAAGGUUUGUGGUAUUUGGUAUUUAGAAGAUUACUGGGAAGAAACAAAAUACCUAUUGUCUAUAAUCUCAUGUAGAGUUCAGCACAUAUAUCGCGAAAGUAAUUCGGUAGCUGAUGUCCUGUCGAAGCUGGAAGCGUCUAGUGUUUCACAUAUCGUGCUGGAUUCUAUCGCAAUCUCAUCAUCAGUUAGAUGA